GUCCCAGAUGGAUUGCUGAGAAAAGUUCCCACAAAGCAAAAUACAUAACUCAUGCUGCAUAAUAUAUGAUGCCUUACAUACAAUUAAUGAAAAACAACUUUGUGACAUGUCUAGCACGCAGUACACUGGAAAUAAACAUAGCUUGCCACAAAUGCUUUCCCAAACUUGCCAUUUCUGCAAUCACACAUAAUUCCUUUACAAACACGUGAUGAGGACAUGGUUUGUCUGCCACAUCCCCGCUUAGAGCACUGAAUAGAAUCUUAUAUUAGCAGAAAAGUGACUAAGUACACUUGGGAAAUCCUGCAUACACCAGAGCCACCAUAUAAUGGCAUAUCUAUCCAGGGGAAUGCCAUGGGAGGCAGCUCCAAGAUUCAGGGAUGGGAAGAACUGUAGAUGCAGCAGCAAUUCUGAACUUUCCCAGUCCAUCCCUCUGUGCCUCAUACAGAGCUCAGAGCUCUCCCAAAUUUCUCGUAUGGACAGCAGUCCAGAACAUCACUGCUGAAUUAGAUUUUUUUAAAGUAGUGAUGAAAAAGUCACACCACAGCACAAACCUCUAAAAAUUCCUCCUGGGGACUGGCAUUAUUUUCAAACUGCAGAAGAAUUAAAAAGAGCAAGAAGAUUAUCAGCAUUUGUAACUCCUAAGAUUUUGCCAUUAAAAUCUUAAAUUGGAAAUAAACUAGUGUGUUACAGCACAGGGAGAAACUCUCUAACAGAAAACUGUUCAAAGAGACAAAAUGACAGCAGAAGCAACAGGCACACGUGUGAUGACCACCCUUGCCAGAUGACAGGCUGUGCUCAACAUCUUCAGAAUUAUGAAAGGCCAGAAUGCUGCACCAACAAGAAAGUUUGCUUUAAAUAAAACACUUCUAGCUUCCAGCAGUAGUCAGAAUGAGGCCCUUCUUAAAAUGCCUCCUUCACUGCACUUAAAAACACUAGUAAUUGAAUUUUAAUUAAUUUAAAAGCUUUAUGACACCCAAAAAUGGAAAGGUGUACUCACAUAAAAAGCCAGAGACUGUAAACCCAGUGGAUUUGCAGCUCUUUUGGAAAGGUGGGCAAAGUGUUUGCCUACCUUGAGAUUAGAUUUUUUAGUAAAUCUACUCUGGGAUUAGAUUUACUAGGGAGCCCUGGAUGUGCAGGAAUGAAAUUAAUUCCCUAUUUUGACAUAAUCUAAUAAUAUUUACCAGGUACAAUCAAGAAUUAGGCUGCUUUAUAAAUGUCCCUAUUGCCUGCAAAGCACUCUAAAGGUAAUGCAUAUAGACAGGCAAUAUCAAUUUGGCUUCUGAAAUAUUUACAGAUGGGCCUAUGAUCUACAAGACAUACUUGAAGAUAGAACACAUUGAUGAAAACAUAGAAUUCUGGCUUGCCUGCGAAGCUUAUAAGAAGGUAACAUCGCAGAGGAAAAGGAUUUCCAUGGCCAGGAAGCUCUUCACAAGUUACAUCCAACCCCAGGCUCCCAACGAGAUAAAUAUUGACAGUCCUGCAAGGAAAGCAAUUAUGAGGAAUAUUCAAGAGCCAACACAGUCCUGCUUUGAUGAAGCACAGAGAAUAAUCUACAGGCUCGACAUGCACAGCCUUCCAAAGGGACCUCUCAAAGGGCUGCUCAGGUACUGGCUGAUAGAGACACCCUUCCCUCCCUGCAGAAAGGACAUUAUCCAGAAGGAGGAAAAAACCCAACCACAGAGGAUACUGAAGGAAAUCACAGAGGGACUGACAAACACAUCUUUAUGGCAUGAAAUAUUUAGUGUGUAUUUUACAGAUCAUGAUUCUACCAACCCUUAUUCUUGGUGGGCUUAUUAAUUUUAUAUCUCCUUCUAGAAAUAAAUAAAAUGUUGGAUUUUGGGGCUUGGUUGCCUCUCCCACAUGUGUGUCCUACAUUCCCAGUUGGGGGAAAAAAAAAAAAAAAAAAAAAAAAAAAAGAGGGUCUUUUUCCCAAAAUAGAUUUGUUGUUAACUGCUAGAGAUCUUUCUCUUGCUUGACUUUUCUUUUGGGUUACCAGAUGCAGGGAAAUAACAUAGUAUUUCAUCAGAUCAUAUGAUUUAUAAAACAGUAACUAAUGGCAUCAGCAAUAACAAAUCAUUGCUUUUAUCAUUUUCAUUAGCAGCACUUGAAUGAGCUCAGGUAUACUUUUUCCACUGGCAGACAAACCUAAAAGGCAUUUGCUCAUGUUAAUCAUUCAAAGCUACCAUUAAAAAAGAUUAUAAAACCUGAAAAUAGCUAAAUUGGCAGAAUUCUCCUCCUUCCUUCAUUUAUGUAAGAAGAAUGAAAAACAUCCGAGAGGUGAUUCUUCAAACAUUAAGUUUGGCAAGAUUAAAAUGAAGAUUAAUAAAACCACUACAGCAAUUAACUGUAUUCAACCCUGGAAACUGUUGACCUAUGGAGGCUCCUUUAAAAAAUGAAAAAACAACCCAUACUGGACAGAUGGUCUGGGGCUUUUGGAGGUUUUGUUUUGUUUUAAAAAGAGCUGACAAUUAGAUCUCUUUUCCUUUGUAAAUAUGAGCUAUGUUGGCCUACUUUCUUAAUAACAGCUAUGAAAUUCAUACUCUCUCAUUAUACUGUUAUUUCCAUGAAUUUUACUUCAACUCUUUGUGUAUGGAUGGUAAAUGUAGAAUACAAAAAAUGUAGAUUGCAGAUCAAGUCUAAAAAACAAAGUAAAAAUCUGCUUAUAAUUAGAGUGACCCAAAAUAAAACUUUAAAAAUAACCUAGCCUAAUUUUUUUUUGGUACAGAUGGGUAGUAAAUGAGAAAAUGUCUCUCCACUGUGCAUUCCAAAGACUUCAGAGAAUAAGCUGUUAGUAGGAUUUUCUCUCAAGUUCUCCUCAUUAUUUUUGUACUUCUAUACUAACUCUAGAUUUUCCUUCCUUCAAGUCCCAAGAAACGGAUGUUAGG